AUGUGGGGAUACUAUCGUGGUAAAUCCAUAUUUCUUACCGGGGGUACAGGUGCAUUAGGAACUGCCAUACUUUGUAGACUCCUCAGUCAGGCAGCACCGAAACGAGUCUAUGUGCUUUGUCGCGAAGGUUCAGAGACUGCAUAUGCAAAAUGGCAAAAACUCCUCCCAGAACCAAUGGCCGCCGCGCUCUUCCAAAGUUCCUGCGUCACGUUCCUAAGCGGUGAUAUCACCUUGAAGCAAAUGGGCCUACACGAGACAGACUGGCGCCAACUCAAGAAGUCCGUGCAGGUCAUCAUCCACGCCGCAUCAUCCAUCAGCCUGACAAGCUCAUUGCAGCAACUAGCAACAUCCAUCAUCGCCCCAAGCAUAUCGCUAGCAGAAACAGCAAUGGAAUUCGAAGACCUGCACAACUUCGUCUACAUAUCCAGCGCAUAUGCCAACGCCCACCUCUGGAAAAUGACCGAUAUCUCCGACGUCCCCGUCAAAGAAUGCAUCUACUCCCUCGGCCCACACGGCGAGGUCUACGAUCCCCAGAAUCUGGGCGAAUGGGCAGGCUUCGGUCCCCAGACUGAACACGAAUGGAGAAGCGUCCUGGAUACAGGCACAAGCAUCGAGUUCGACUAUAACGAUUUCCCGUGGCCCUACGCCUACGCAAAGCAUCUCACCGAGCGUCUCCUCAUCAACGCAUUCAUGCAGAACGAAGCGACUGAAAAACUUCUCAUUGUUCGGCCCUCAUCUCUGGGUCCCGCCAUCAGCCAGCCGUACCCAGGAUACUCAAGUUCAACCUCGACGGCAUCAACGGGACUGGCGGCAGGGAUUCUUUUAUAUGCGGGUAAACACAUGAAGAUGGCUACGCGAAGCCCGCAUCCAGAGCGAGACGUUACGAUAGACGAGAUACCCAUUGAUGUCGUGGUUGAUCGGCUUCUGGCGCAUACUGCUAAAGGAACUUAUGGAUGCGUGCAUGCUGUUGCUGGUAAGAAGGCUCGGUUAUCGUUUGGGGAUUGGUGGCUUGCAGUGAUGAAGGAGCGUCGUCUCCCGUGGCUGGUCAAGCCGGAAUGGACAUCGUUAGAUUGGCAUUCGCCGAAGUUGCAUCCUAUCGCCAGGCUGUAUGUCACGCUGGGGACAUCUUUUGAGUUCGAAGAUAAUGAGGCGGCUAAGCUUCUCACUAAGCUUAAUGCGCAUGAGAAACUACAUCUUAAAUUGUUUGCGGAUGAACUCGAUGAGAAUCGUCCUUAUGAUUUCAAGAUUAGGAGGCAUAGGAUUCGGGAAAUGGGGAUGACGCUUGCGAAGAAGAAGCAUUUGCCGCUUUGCUUUGUUAAGUGGUGUUGUCGGCCUGGGAAGCCGAAAGAGAAGGAUGUUCCGUCUAAGUCACAGCAGCAUAGUAUGCAUGAGUAUGGAGGGUCGAUGGACAUGUUUCCGAAGGAAGGUGAAGCUGGGUGGAUUCAUGUAUGA